UGUUUCCGCAUUCCGUAAAAAGCUGUCAGCAGCAGCGCGAGUUGGAGAGGGGGGACCGUCGCGUCUGAGGAAAACCUCCUCGGUCAUUCCCACAGGAAUAACGGACUGUCGCCAGGGAGCAGGGAUGCCUUACAUAUUCAUCAGUACGCAGAUCCGGCUGGAGACUGGCCCAACUAAUGUGGGAGAUGAGUAUUCUGAUCCAGCCGUCAUGAAUUACCUGGGAGCAAGGAAAACAACCAUGCUGGGAAACAACUUUUCUGAGUACCAUGUGGACGACCCUCCACGCAUGGUGUUGGACAAGCUGGAGAAGAUCGGCUUCCGGGUGCUGACGAUGACGGGGGUGGGACAGACGCUGGUGUGGUGCCUCCACAAAGACAUAGAAUGAUUGGCUUUGCAGCAAGUGUUGACCAUCGACAUACCUCUAGAAGCCUUUAAGAGGGUGAAUGAAUGUCUUUGAGGAACUUCAUGUUAAACUAUGGUUCUCUGCUCUGUUUUGAUGACUCGCUCACUGUCAAGGGAAAGUAAAGUUCUGAGGUUGAGAUUAAUCCAGGCGUAACGUUUCAGAUUAACUUUAAUAGGUGAUAAGUGAACAAUUUCAGGGAAUACCAAACCACAUUCCAGGGUUUUUACAGACACUUUUGCUGAUAUUGUUUUCUGAUUACUAAUGGUGACCAAUCACAGGGAAUGAGCGCGGGUUGUACCGUAAUGAUGAGGAAUUGACAGAAGAUCUUAACAGAAAGCAUCCCUGUAAAAAAAGGCCUCACCCAAUUCUCCCCCUCAUCUGUCCAAGUAAAUAAAACACACAAUGUUUAGUAGAAUUGUACUAAGAGCUUUGUGUAGGGAUGUUUUUUUAAGUGUAUCAUAUGCUUAUGAUUAAAUGAUGUAAUGAUGAGGAUUGUUUGUGUACUUCUUAAUAAAUGAAAACAAUCCCUAUGGGAUCUGCCACAGACGCAAUGAAACAUACGUAGCCUUUGAAUAAUCCAUUAAACAGACACUUAAACAUC